AUGGCUGGAGAUGUGACGCAUCCCAAGCACGACGCGAACAGCGUCUUCUCACGGCGGGACAUCGAAAUCUUCGAGCGUUGGUUCAGGUGUGGGGAUCCAAAGGAAACUGGCGAGCUAGAUGCAGAAGGUCUCAAACGCCUGUGGAAGAGUCUUCAAAUGGACGUAACACAGAUGUCUGCCAAGUGGUUAAUUGCCCUAGCAGAUGACAGCAGGAAUGGGAAGCUCAACUUUGGAGAGUUCCUUUACCUGUGGAUGAUGGCGGCUGAAAAUUCCGAGUUCCAGUCAACACCUGAAGGGCAGGCCAUGCUGCGAACUCUGCAAGCGUUUGAAAUUUAUCCUGUUGCUUCCGAAAAAAAGCCCAGCACAUGCUACACUUUAAAUCCAUGGGUACGAUCAAGAUUCCUUGACCAAGGAGAUGAAGGGCGACCCUUUGACGUAAAACUGCCUCAAACCCGGGUUCAAGAAGCGCGAGAACUAUGCGAAGGAGCGGCUAAGCAGCGGGCAGCGUUCAUAGCUCAGGCCAAGUCACUUUAUGAAGGAAGCACUCGACUGCAGCACAAGGUCCAUGCAGAACGUCGAGCAGAAUUCAUCAAAUGGGCACGCACAACUUUUGAAGACGACAAAGUCGUGCAGAAGAACCUUUCAGACCAAAGAGAGCCCGGCGAACAAAUUACAUACCAUGAUGCUUCCGUGUGCCCGGUGAUGAGCAAGUCAUCCCCUGCUAUCAGCGAGUUCUCGCUAGACCAGUGCUCCUUUCUGGCCGACUGGUUUCACAGAUGGGAUAUGAACAAGGAUGGCUUGCUUGACGGGCAUGAAAUCCAGAACAUGUUUCAAUGCCUGCGAAUUCCCAUCAGCCCGAGUGCCUUGCAUGCUAUCGUCCAGUACUUCGAUGAGGACAUGGAUGGAACACUCAACUUCCGCGAGUUCUUACUUAUGUGGCGUGCAGCAAUAUAUGACCCAGACUUUCAACGUACCGCCGAGGGGUGCAAGAUGGUCAAGCACAUGCGAAUCCACAACUUGCUACCCAACCAAGCAAAGAAGCCAGCAUGGUGACACAAGUGUGCCACCGGAGAAGCGCCACACGACGAGAAAGAAACAAGACAAAAGAGACAAUUUUUUUCAUUUGUUACACCUCCUCAUUUUAUUUACGUUACUAAUAACUUAUGUGUAUCACUGCUCUGCGUGGUAUGGACAAAAAAGAAAUUAAAAAUAAAAAAUGAGAAGAAAUGGGAUAAAAAGGGGGAAGAAAAACUUGCGAGGGUGUGGUGUGUCAAACCCAGCCCAAGGCGACCUUGCCGGCCACCCCCAAGGCGCCCCUCGGUGGAUGCCACUAUGUACAAGUUUGGGUAGCCAAGGGGGAGGACGGGGGUGCGCGGGGACCCAGGUUUGGCCCCCUUAUUUCUUUUUUUAUGACAUCCAGCCACAGACAAUAAAAAUCAGUUGACGUAAACACUUUUUUUUUUCUUUCACACAUUAAAAAUGGAGCGCACAUGUGAACAAUGAUUGGAGUAGCAGAGAGAACAGAAUAUAGAACAGUCGUUUGGUUAAGGUAGUGGAACGCCCCUUCCUACGCAUUUUUUAUUCCUCUGCAACGCACGCGUGGGUCGCAUCAAAAGGAAGUGAAA